CCACAUUUUCGUAAAUGAUCCGGACACAUAUUCGUCGGUCUCACAAACCCAAGAAGGUUCCGACCGGGUUACCACGUAAUACGAAUACGUGUAACGAAGACCGUAGUGCACGAUUAUCCCUUCAAAAUCCCUAAUUUUGUCUUCCUCCCCCUUCGUUGCAAACCCUAAAUCUGAAAUCCAAACUACUCAGAAGAAAGCUUCUAUAUUAUAAUUCAGUUUGAACUAUAGUGUUGCAAAAAUUUACCUUUUUUUGGUUGCAGAGAGGAAUUUAUCUGUGGGUGUUCGAAUGGUCCCGAUUGAUUCUUCAGGAUUUCUGAUGGUAGAAGAGAAGGAGCAGCAACACAACAAGAAACGAAGACGUCUUACAUGGGAUGUGGCAGCAUCCCCAGCAGAACAACAAGAGGCUGAAGUACGGCAGCGCCAUAUCUCGCCGCCAAAAAGAAAGGAUGAUCGUGAGGGACAUUAUACGUACAAUCUUGGAGAGAAUCUAACUCCAAGAUAUAAAAUACUGAGCAAGAUGGGUGAAGGCACCUUUGGUCGAGUUUUGGAAUGUUGGGAUCGUGAAACCCGUGGAUAUGUAGCAAUCAAGGUAGUCCGAAGCAUAAGAAAAUAUCGUGAUGCUGCGAUGAUUGAAGUUGAUGUACUUGAACAACUUGCUAAGAAUCAUAAAGGAAGAUCACACUGUGUCCAGAUCCUGAACUGGUUCGAUUACCGCAAUCAUAUAUGCAUAGUGUUUGAGAAGCUUGGACCAAGUUUAUUUGAUUUCUUAAAGAGAAAUAAAUACUGCCCAUUCCCUGUGGAUCUUGUUCGUGAAAUUGGACGUCAGCUUUUGGAAUCUGUAGCAUAUAUGCAUAGUUUAGGGUUGAUCCAUACUGACUUGAAGCCAGAGAAUAUCCUUCUUGUGUCUUCUGAUUAUUUAAAGCUUCCUGGAUACAAGAGGACUUCACAAGGUGAAACGCAUUUCAGAUGCUUGCCAAAGUCAAGUGAGAUUAAGUUAAUUGAUUUUGGAAGUACUGCUUAUGAUAAUCAAAAACAUAGUUCCAUUGUUUCUACAAGACACUACCGUGCACCUGAAGUUAUUCUAGGUAUUGGAUGGAGCUACCCAUGCGACAUGUGGAGUAUUGGCUGUAUUCUUGUUGAAUUAUUCACGGGUGAAGCUUUGUUUCAGACUCAUGAGAAUUUAGAACACUUGGCAAUGAUGGAGAGGGUAUUAGGCCCUUUACCAGAGCAUAUGGUUCAGAGAGCCAACCAGGGUGCAGAAAAAUACUUCAGAAGAUCAAGAUUAAAGUGGCCGGAAGGUGCGGUUUCUAGGGAGAGUAUUAGAGCAGUGAGGAAGCUAGAUCGCCUCAAGAAUAUGAUAUCAGGGUGUGUUUCAUAUGGAGGUUUGAGAUCAUGUAUUGUUGAUUUGUUGUAUGGAUUAUUGAAGUUUGAUCCUGAAGAACGUCUGACUGCUGAAGAAGCUCUUGAUCAUCCCUUCUUUAGGAACACUCAUGCUUAACAGGUAUUAAGUCAGUUAUCUGAUUUUGAGAUGUUAAAGAUUAAAAAACAUACAAAAGAUGUCAUCUCAUUAGUAUUUUGGUUUAUUUGGGAUUUUGUUAAAACCAUAUUUACAAAAUAUAUUAGUUAAGAUUCAACAAAA